UCAAAAUGCCUCUGUUACUCUACUAAAAGGUUGAAGUCGUUGCAGUAGGAAGCAUUAACUUCCUUUAGAAUGUGGCAGUUACAAGAUGGCAACAGCAGUGCAACUUGUCUUUGUUCUCUACAUGUUGGUCCCCAUCACAGUGUGUGAUGAUGUUUUUAAGCUGGUUAACAGUUCUGUUCAACUGGAAACUCAAAAGGGAUAUACAAAAAGUGAAGGUUUUGAUAUUACCUGGACAUUUAACAAAAAAAACAACAUUGUGAAAUUUAAUGGAAAUCCUCCAAGUACAGUAUUUAAAAGUUAUAGAGACAGGGUGGAGUUCAAUGAGGAAACCUGCAGUCUGACACUGAAGAACUUACAGAAGAGUGAUAGUGGACCCUAUGAUGCAGAAGUAUCUGGUGAAACAAAGGACUCUGUGGCUAUGUACCAACUACAUGUGUUGGAUCCAGUGGAGAAACCAGUUCUUACUCCUUCUCUCCAAAGCAAUGACACCUGUAAUGUGACUCUCACCUGUGAAGUUCAGAAGCUCUCAGUAACCUGUCAAUGCUACAAUAAUAAUUGUGAUAUGAUGGAAAAGAAAACAUCUGGAGACACGUUCCUUUCCCUCUCGCUGUAUGUUAGCAACAACUUCAUCAUUUGUAAUCAUAGCAAUCCAGUGAGCUGGAACAAUACAACUAUGGAGAUGAAACAUGUGAAACAACUCUGCCUUAAUAAAGGAGAUAAGACAGGUUCUGGAGAAAAUAUGACUGACACACACCCUGAUUCAUUAAUUAUCAUCAUAACUCCCAUCAUCAUCAUCCUCCUUCUCGUCAUCUUUAUCAUCUGGUUCCUGAAGAAAGGGACAACAAAAGUUAAGUGUCAAAACAGGAAGACUGAUGCAAGUCCAGAUGUUGUCAACACGAUCUAUGAAGAAGUUGAGCCUAAGAACAAGGGGGGAAAUAAAGCACAGUCAAUUGAGAUGUCAGAGAACCAUACAACUGCUGCUACUGUGUACUGUACUGUCGGGAUGCCAGCCCAGGCUUGUAUUAAUGAUGAGAGCACUGUAAGCACUGCAAAUCCUGGCAGCAAGGAUAUGGAUCCGAGGGAAGUGCAGCACAAUAACAACAAAUACGGUGAAACCCAUCAAAAUCAAGGAGCAGAGAGGAACUAUGAGUCAGUGGACGUCUUGCCUGAAACCAUUUAUUCAACUGUGAACAAGGCUGGCAAACCUGUUUAUAAAGCAUGAACAUUCCUUUUAGCUUUGUGAUUGACAUUUUUAUGCCACAGCCAUAAAACAGCUGUAGUGAUGAUUAUGUUUGGAGCACCAGUGGAACACCAGGAAACAGGUGUUUUAGGGGGUUGGGGUGGUUUUUGAACUACAGUAACUCAGGAAAUUUGGUUAAAGUUGUACUCAAAUUAUAAUUAGGUUUACAUUAUAAUUGUCUGUUUUAUUGCUUAUUGCAUAUCAGAGUAGUUUUUGUUUGUUUGUUUAUCUUUGCUUUUUUUUUUUAUUUCUAUUGUGUAAUCAUCCUCAACACAUAUAAAUGAAUUUAUCAGUCAUUUAGGAUACUAAAAUUAUAGUACCGAUAGAUAGAUAGAUAGAUAGAUAGAUAGAUAGAUAGAUAGAUAGAUAGAUAGAUAGAUAGAUAGAUAGAUAGAUAGAUAGAUAGAUCCCACAUUUAUUGAACCCAUGGGGGAAAUUCUAGUGUUACUGCAGCUUAGUCAAUUAGAAUAGCGGUUCCCAACAGCGGGGUCCCGGCCCACAAGAGGAAGCCAGAGCCAUUAACUCCCAGUUAUUCACUGCUCUCUGCGAAGAGGUAGGUGCUGAUUACCAUACCCUGGUGGUGGGUGCUGACGCGUCUGUUCAGCCUGAGGGAGGAGUUGCAUGACCUUCUUGCGGACAAGAGACCAGACCUUCCAGAGUUUUUGGAUGAUGACAAAUGGCUUGCUCAACUCAGCUACCUUUCAGACAUAUUCGGUGAAAUGAACAAGCUUAACAGAGCAAUGCAAGGUGCAAACAAACACUGUGGUGCAGCAUGAACGAGUAGAGGCUUUUCAAAAGAAAACUACACAUGUGGAAAUCCCGUGUCUCCUCUGGAAUCAGUGACAUGUUUGAGCACACCCAUGCAUUUAUUGCAGACAGACACUUGAAUUUUAAAAUCAAACCCAUUUCAGUGAGGUUCCAUUGGAAUCAUUCUGGUCUGAAAUUGCAGGGCCAAUUUAUAGGUUACUCUUAGGCUUACGUUUUUAAAUUACAAAUGCUGAUGUUUUUGUUAUUGUAUUUUCAAUAUUAUAUGUUUUUUAUAGAUGCAAGUAUUACGUUUUAAAGUGUUGAAUAAUCAGGUAUUAUUCAACAUUUGAUGUAUUAUUUCAGGGAUUUGCACAUUCUGUAUACUCAAAAUGUAAAAGAAUAAAAUAAAAUACAGAUGA